AUGGAUUUCUCGGGCUCUCUGGCCUUUCAUCAACCGCCGUGUGAUGCCGAGCGUGAGAGAAUCCGAGAGCUGUCAAGGUAUUAUUGCGCCUUGGAUCGACCGCCGACGCGGGAUGCCUCUGCAGAAGGCUCAGAGGAUGAUGCUACGGGGGCCGAUGAGCGGCCGACUGCUUGUGAUCUUUCCGCAGAUAUUACGCUGAAUGCGUUGGCUCAGCUGGGUGCUCACCGAUUGACAUGUAACCGAUCGUUCGUUUCCCUCGUCGACGGGGCAAAUCAACAUAUCAUCGCCGAAGCGACCAAAUCAGUAUCCUUGCGAAACAAAGACAACCAUCUGCCUAAUGACGAUAUCUAUCUGGGAGUCAAGUCGCUGGACUUGACGUGGGGGGUAUGCCCCCAUACUAUCCGCCUGUUCACCGGUCAAGAUCUGUCUUAUACGAUUGAUACCGACAACAUCACUGCCAGCAGGAACCGAUAUAUCAUCCGCGACUUCACCAAGGAAGACUGUUUCAAAGACCGCCCCUAUGUUCAAGGAUGGCCUCACAUGCGAUUCUACGCAGAAGUGCCCUUAAUCAGUCUGUCUGGGGUCGUCCUUGGGACAUACUGCGUGAUCGAUGACAAGCCCAGAGCAAAAGCCGACUUCGGCGACGAGGAUGUUGAUGUUCUUCGAGAGAUAGCCGACGCUAUUGCACAUCACCUGGAAAACGUCCGACUCGUGCAUUGCCAUCGUCGGUCUGAACGUCUGGUCAGAGGCUUGACCAACUUCGUCAAGGAUUACUCAGAUUUCAAUCCACGCGAGAUUUCCAGUGGCCGUCGACUAGAAUCGGCCUCACUGGCUUCCAAUGCCGAUAAACCCAUCUCGCUAGGAGUCAAUGUCACUGACGCUGGGGUCGUGGUGUCUCCUUCGACAGCAUCCAGCCGCACAGAACAGACAUCUGCGUUUUUCAACAGUCCACUUCCUGGAUCCACCGAGCCCUCCUCCAUUGUUUCCACCCUGUCAGUUUCCAUGCCGACUCCAGACGAAGAGAGACCGUUGGAGGAUGUCCACAACAUAGGAGGCCAAGAAGGGAUCAAGCCAGUGGACAACGAUACCUCACAGGUUUCCCUUGCAGACAGCAUUCCAAUCACAGACCGUAUUUCGUCAAUAUUCGCCCGAGCGAGUGUUUUGCUUCGAGACUCGAUGGACCUAGAUGGUGUCGCGUUCCUUGAUGCAGCUCGAAGUAAUCCGUCUUUCCAACCACUUAAUGAUCACGCCAGCUGGGAGCCACUACCGAGAAGCGCGUCGCCAGGAUCUGCAUCGUCCAAGCUUCCCAUCACACCAUCCCUCAGUCCCCUUGGGCAUUCAGGUUCAACUUUGGAAGAACUGAAUGCGCCGUGUGAUAUAUUGAGCUCUGCUUUGAAGAAGAAAUCUCCGACCGACACUCCUUCCAUCACUGAGAUUGUCAUCACAGAAGAGUUACUGAGCUUAUUGAUUGCGCUCUUCCCCCAAGGCCAGAUUUUUACCUCGACCGAUUCCGCCGAAAAUGACGAUUGCCUGGCCUUUGGAGGAGGUGCUAGCUCCGAAGCUCGGGCGAAAAAGAUAAAGACCAUCUGUCAACGGGUUCUGAAGCUUGUUCCUGGCUCCAGCUCGGUAUUAUUCCUUCCGCUUUGGGAUUACCACAAGUCCCGCUGGAUGGCAGGCACACUUGUCUGGACCCGUGACAUUCAUCGCGUGUUGGGCAUGGACGAGCUGCAUUACUUCAAAGUGUUUGGCGAUUCCAUCGUCUCGGAAGUCUCACGCGUGCACUGGAUGACCACUGAAAAGUCUAAAUUCGACUUCAUCUCAUCUGUCAGUCAUGAGUUACGUUCGCCACUGCACGGAAUCCUAGCAAGCGCAGAGCUAUUGAAUGCUACUUCUCUUCAACCGGCUCAGGAAGAUAUGAUAAAAAUGAUUGAGAUGUCUGGCUUGACUUUGCUAGACACCACAGAUCAUUUGCUUGAAUUCUGCAAGAUCAACAAUCUGACCCAAGCGAAGAAGUCCAAAGGCAAGCGUUCUGGAAGGGACGCCUCGAGCCUUCUCUCCGACUUCGAUCUUGGUCAUCUCGUUGAGGAGGUGACAAAUAUAUUAUACACCGGUCAAAGAGCGCCCAGAACAGCCGGCCGCGACGUCAUCAGAUACUCACCAGUUAUUGACGAGUUCAAAUUACGUGGUGCCUCUCCCCACGACAUGUCAUUAGUCGUUCGCAUUGAACAGUCUCAAUCCUGGAGAGUACGCUCUUUAGCCGGAGCCUGGCGACGCAUUGUUAUGAACUUGCUAGGAAACGCACUCAAGUGGACCAAAUCCGGGUUCGUCGAAGUGUCGCUUUCUGUAGCAAGACCAGAGGAUCCGAAAAGGUUCAUCGCCCAUCUCUCGAUUACCGAUACCGGCAGUGGAAUUGCGCCUGAUUUCCUUCGACACAAGCUCUUCUCUCCAUUUGCCCAAGAGGAUUCCUUGACAGAAGGCGUGGGCUUGGGUCUGAGCAUCGUUCGCCAACUUGUGACUUCUCUCAAUGGCACCGUCAAUGUGAGGAGUGAGUUGGGUACCGGAACACAGGUCGACGUUUAUAUUCCCGUACAGGACCCGGACGGUUCGAUCCCACCUCAACUCCUUUUAGAAAAACAUGUCACUCGCAUCGAUGGGGUCAAUGUGCCAUUGCACGUGUGCUUGGUCGCAUUCAACGGUUAUCCUGAUCUGAACGAAGUCCCCACCGGAUUGUUGUCCGUCGAUGCCAAACGGAGAAUUUCAAUUCAAAGUACGCUUGCUGAUGUAUUCAUGUCCUACUUCGGAUGGAGUGUCUCUUUGGCGGAGUCUCUCGAGGAGGCACAAGGGGAUAUUGUGGUUUUCGAGGAGCCAGUGAUCAAGGCCGCAGCAGAAGGCUCCUCCUGUCUUGAUAUAAUUAAGACUAUGGAAGCAAAGUUCAAGUACUUUGUUGUUCUGGGCAGCAAGAUGCAAAACAUAUACGGUCCGAAUGUGAUCUGGGUGACUCAACCGUUUGGUCCACAGAAAAUUCAAACUGCCGUGCGGAGAGCAUUGGAGCUCAAUGAUACAUCAGUAGAGUGUGAACCCGUUCCUGCUCCUGCUCCAAGCCCUGCCAUUACCUCCGAAGACCCGUCAUCGAAUCCUUCUUCGAGCUCGCCCCCCGUUGACGAUGAAGGGGAGACUACGCCUAAAGCCUCUGUUGAGAUAGCAGCACAGGCUGCUCCGGUGACGGAGUUGCCAAUUCACCCGCCUAUGCAGCCCAAGGCCAAUCAUGUGCUCAUAGUCGAUGACAACGACAUCAACCUCAAAAUCAUGGCUACAUUCAUUCGAAAAAUUGGCUGCAGCUACGAAACAGCCUCCAACGGACUAAGCGCCUUGGAAAAGUACAUGUCAUCCAGCCAGCAAUUCAACUUUGUUCUAAUGGAUAUCUCAAUGCCCGUCAUGGACGGCCUGGUGUCAACCGCCAAAAUUCGAAAAUACGAAAAAGAAAAACGCCUCAAACCCUCCUGCAUCAUGGCCGUGACUGGCGUUGCUUCAGAAACAAUGCAGCAACAAGCCCAGAAAGUCGGCAUAAACCAAUACCUAAUCAAGCCCCUCUCCCUUCAUGAGCUGAAAAAGCUCAUGGCGAUUACAUGA